AUGACGAUGAGAAUGCAUUCGUUCACGUCGCCGACCACCUUUAUUACCGGACGAUCUCGAAAUUGUCCAAAAAGAUCUGUUUGUGUCGUCGUUGCAAAAGCCUCUUUGAGCGAUGAGAAUUCUUUCAAGAGGAGGGACUCGAUAAAAACGAACGCGAAGAAGAAAGGAGGAGCCGCACAAGAGCAAAAAUUCGAUUGGGAGAACGACUUUGAUGAUGAUUUCGUCCCGGCUGGGAAGGCGAAGAAGAAUAAAAAGAAGCAGACGCCGGCGAAAGCAGCGGCGCCACCGUCACCGUUACCAUCGACGCCUCCGUCGACUCCUCCUCCUCCUCCGUCGCCGCCGCGACGAGAACGAGAAGUAGAAGAACGAGAAGAAGUCAAAGAGACUCCCGUAGUCGCCGAAGCGGAUGCAGUAGCAGCAGCAGCAACGACAGGACAAGCAGACGAGGAGGAAGAAGAAGAAGAUGAGUUCGCGAAGAAAAAGCGUUUGGCGCAGGAGAAGAAAGCGGCGCUUCUCGAGGCGAAAAAGAGAGAGUACGAGUUGGCGCAGAAAGAGGCGAAGGAGAUGGCGGAGCAAGCGACGAUGGCGCAGGCGAAGAGAGAGGAAGAGGAGAGAGCGAGCGCGGCGGCGGCGGAGGCGGAACAGACGGAACAUGCGGAAAAAGAGCGAGAAGAGGAAGAAGUGAGAGCGGCCAAGGAAAAGGACGCGGCUGAAAAGGCGAAAGUGUUGGCGGAUGCCGCGAAAGCGAAGGAAGCUGCGGCGGCGGCGGCGGCGACGGCCGCCGCUGCUGCUCCAGCUGCGCAAACAACAACGAAUGAAACGGAAGAAAAACCAACCACACAGAAGAAAAACAAAGAAGACUACAUGAUCCCGGAACAUCUCAAAGAUAUCUUCUCAAACGAUAAAAAGAGGUCGUUGAAAAGAACAGCCGGCGCGGUUACCACCGGCGUAAGAGUUGAAAACAUUAAAAAGACGUUUACGCAACAAGAGGUGUUAACGGAUGUCACUUGGGAUUGUAAAAAAGGCGAACGCGUUGGUCUGGUCGGAUGGAACGGCGCCGGGAAAACGACGCAGCUAAAGAUCAUCAUGGGCGAAAUCGAACAAGACGAAGGCGAGGUGUUGUUGGCGAACAACGUGAAAAUCGGUUACCUCACGCAAGAGUUUGAAGUCAAAGGUACGAACACGGUGAGGGAGGAAUUUUUAGCCUCGUUCGGGGACGAAUCCGAAGUUUUAAAAAAUCUCGAACGCGUACAAAAAGCGUUAGAGGACAACCCGAGCGCGGAAUUGACGCAACUGUUGGUGGAUAAACUGAACGAAUUACAACGUCAAGCCGAUCGAAUGGAUUUGUUCAACAUGGAACGAUUGAUUGAUAAAAUUAUGCCCGAAUUAGGCUUCGUUCCGGAAGAUAACGAUCGAUUAGUCUCUUCCUUUUCCGGAGGAUGGCAAAUGCGCAUCUCCGUCGGAAAGAUUUUGUUACAAGAACCGGGUUUGUUAUUACUCGAUGAACCGACCAAUCACAUCGAUUUGAAUACCAUCCAAUGGUUAGAAUCGUAUUUGAAAAACGUGGACGUUCCUUUGGUGUGCGUCUCGCACGAUCGCGAAUUUCUCGAUCAAAUCUGUAACAAAAUUGUUGAAGUCGAACGCGGCGUCGCGACCACGUAUAAAGGCAACUACUCCGACUAUCGAAGAGAAAAAGAAACGAAAGCGAUGCAAACGUACGUGGCGUGGGAGAAAUGGAACAAAGAAGUCUCGAGACAACGGGAGUUGAUCCAAAGAUUAGCCGGAGGAGGUCAAUCUGGACGAGCGACGGCGGCGCAAAAAGCGUUGGAUAAGCUCAUGGAAGAUCCCAUCAUGAAACCAUGGGAGGAAAAGUCGAGACGCUUUAGAUUCCCAGAUGCCCCAAGAUCCUCUCAAAUUGUCGCGCAAGUUCGCGGUUUAUCUCACGGCUACGACGAGAAAACGUUGUUCCAAAAUGUCAACUUACAAAUCGACCGAUCCGAACGCGUCGCCAUGAUCGGCGACAACGGCUGCGGCAAAUCCACGAUGAUGCGUUUAAUCCAAGGCAAAGAGGCUCCCAAAGCUGGCGAAGCGCGUUUAGGCGAUAAGGAGUUGUGUAAAGUGAACUACUUUUACCAAAAUCAAGCGGAAGAUUUAGACGGGGACGUCGGCGUUCUCGAAACAUUAGUCCGAGCGGCGCCGGAUGAACCUCUGAACCAACUGAAAGCGUUGCUCGGGCGCAUGGCGUUCAACACGAGUUACCACGACCGACCGGUAAACUUCUUAUCCGGAGGUGAAAAAGCUCGAUUAGCCUUAGCGAAAUUCAUGGUCACGCCAGCGAACGUCUUAUUUUUGGACGAACCUACCAAUCACUUGGAUAUUCCGUCAAAACAAAUGCUCGAGGAGGCGUUGCAAUCGUUCGAAGGGACCGUCCUCGCCAUUUCGCACGAUCGCUUUUUCUUGAGACAAAUAGCCACUCGAGUCUUGGCGUUCGACGAAGGUAAAAUCACCGACUACGAAGGCGAUUACGCGUAUUAUUUGAGCAAAAACGAUAAAGCUGGGUCGAGAGACCAAAUUUUGACCGCCAAGAAGAAAGAAAUUGAAAAGACGCAAAUCGUCUCGAAGAGUAAAAUGAGCAAAGCCGAAAAGGCGAAAUUGAAAAAGGAGAAAGCGAAAGCGUUUGGCGGUGGCAGUGGACAAGCGAAGGUGAAUAAAAACGCCGGGAGAUGGAACUAA